UACAUCACAGUCUCUCACACCCUGGAACCAGCGGGGGCUCAGUUCCUGGACUCUACCCCCAGCCCUCCCUGCACACACACACUCCCCUGAAUGGUUCACUGGGCAGAUGACUGGUCAGAGAAAAAUGGCCCACCGCCCGCCAGGCUUCCUGUGAGGGAAGGUCAAGUUAAGGUCUCCAGUCCAGGGCUUGGGAGGAGGUAGGAGAGACCCAGCAGUGCCCAUGGCAGGCUCUGGCUGUUUCUGGGAUCCCAUGACUGGCAGGGGGCUUGGAGGUGGGGCCUGGGCUUCCUGGUCACUGAGGCACCUCUGUGAUCUCUGCUCCAGUCACAUACCCCUCUGCCUGGCCACACUCUACUAGAGUCAGAUCCCAGGUGAGCGCCAGGAUGCUGCCCUCCCUCCCUGCCUGCAGGCUCCCAAAGGAGCCAACUUACUCAGAGUGGGGCCCGUUUCGGUCCUGGCUGUGUGUGACCCUGGGCACGUCUGCAUCUCAGCCUCCAUUUCCUGCUUUGUAAAAUGAGACUCUUGGGUCACAGGGCUAUUAUUAGAUUAAAAGAUACCAAGACUCAGGUAUAACGCCUCAGUAAUCAAGAGUAUGCAGUUUUGCCCCAGGUAGGUGCCAGCUGUCCCCACAAGAUCCUCAUCUCAGCUCCUGUCACCGCCUGUUCUGGUGCCCUUUGCUUCAUCCACCCAGUGAUUCCCAUGUUCCUCCUCCCCCCGUGCCCACCACCCUAUGUGCCAGCUUCUUACACCACGAGGCUGUCCCAGCAGCCAUCCUGCUCCCUGUGAAUGAGGGCCAGGCCCCGCCCAGGUGGCACAUUGGAGUUGGCAGGCCCCAGAGCUCUGAUCAGGCUGUUGUGACCAGAAAGUGGGGAAAAGGAAGCCCAGAAAGGGGCAGGGACUGUCCCAUUGUCACAUCCAUUAAUGGUUGAUUUGGGGCUAGAGCCAGAUCUGCUGACUGCCACUCAUCGGAGCCCCUGGAUUGCCACCUCACCCCGUUUCACCCCACUUGGGGUAUUGGGAAUAAAGCUGGGGGCCACUCCCACACCUACUUGCUCCACCGUGACUGGCUGGAUUUGGAGACCACUCCUCUGACCACUGGCUGUGGAGAAGGAAAAGGUUUGUGCCCAGGCUCCCAGGUGUGGAAUGAACUGCCAGUGUGUGGUGGUGGCCAUCGAGAAUUGGGCCUUUAGAUGCAGACACCUGAGGGUGUGGUUGCACUGGCCCUUCCUGUGGAGGGACACAGGGAUGUGUCCUUGAACCUAGGCAGCAGAGAGCAGAGGGCAGGGGCCUGACCACCUGGUACAGAGCUCAGAGGGGCCACAGUUCCUGUACUUUCCGACUCUGUUUAUAGACAAGCCUCUGUCCUCCCUGGGUGAGGGGGAAGGGAUGGAGCAGACAGCAGGUGCCAAGGUGGCACGAGGCUGGGCAUGUGCCUGGUCUCAGACAGUGUCCAAGGAGUGUCAGACAUUUGAGGUGUUGCUCUGAAGACCCCUGCCCCCACCGGAGUAUCUGGAUCUUUUCAGAAGCUGACCUCUGACCUGGUGCCAGCCCAGAGUCCAGGUGCCCCAACCCCCGCCCAGGGCCCAAAGUCCCCCAUCAGAGUCUUGGCUCUUCUUAUGGCAUCUGACACCAGAGGGGCUGAAAAUAGCCCCUGGAGGAGGGGGAGGAGGGGCUAUUUAAAGGGCCUGGAAGGAGCAGAGCUGAGGGAGAGGCUGAUCAUGGCCACUUCUGAGCUGAGCUGCCAGGUGUCUGAGCAGAACUGUGAGCGCCGAGAGGCCUUCUGGGCUGAAUGGAAGGAUCUGACACUGUCCACACGGCCUGAGGAGGGGUGCUCCCUGCAUGAGGAGGAUGCCCAGCGGCGUGAGACCUACCACCGACAGGGGCAGUGCCAGGCGCUGGUGCAGCGUUCCCCCUGGUUGGUAAUGCGUAUGGGCAUCCUUGGCCAAGGGCUGCAGGAGUACCUGCUGCCUUACCAGCGAGUGCUGCCACUGCCCAUCUUCACCCCCACCAAGGUGGGCACCACCAAGGAGGAGCACGAGGGUACCCCCAUCCAGCUGCGGGAGCUGCUGGCACUGGAGACAGCCCUGGGUGGCCAGUGUAUGGAGCGCCAGGACAUGGCGGAGAUCACGAAGCAGCUGCCCCCUGUGGUGCCUGUCAGCAAGCCAGGCACCCUUCGUCGCACUCUGUCCCGCUCCAUGUCCCAGGAUGCACAGAGAGGCUGAGAGGGACUGUGACUCAGCCUCCACUGUGCCCACUCUGGGCUGGGCCCUUCCUGGCUAGGAUCAUGGAGGGGAGCUGCUGGCCAUGGAUGCUUUGUAGUUUGCCCAAAGUUGGGGGCUAGGAGAGGAGGGAGCCAGAGGCCAGGAUGCCUGGGUCUCCUGAGUUCCGAAAGGGAGGGGAGCAAAGACAGUGGGCACGAAGUGUGGACAGCUAGGGGCCAGCAUAGCUGAAUACCCCAAGC